AUGCCCCGUCUUCAACUAGUUCUACGAGGGGUGGCUAGAGCCUCAUCUCACCACAACGGACGGGCAGCUCGCCUCCCCAUCACUGGGACGGUCAUGCACCAGCUCGUGGGUGUGUGGUCAGGGCAAGACUUUGAGUCCCGCCUGAUAUGGGCGGCCAUUUGCGUGGGCUACUUUGGGUUCCUGAGGGUGGGGGAGUUCACGGCUACCGACUUGUCCCCAGCAAAUAUUCUGAUGUCGGAGGUAGCCAUCAACUCAAGGACUUCCCCCACGGCCAUCCGCCUUCGGCUUCGCAAGGCAAAGACAGACCCUUUUGGCAGAGGGGUGGAGAUUUUCCUGGGUGUGUCAGGUUCGGGGGUUUGUCCCGUCUCCGCCCUACUUAGUUACUUGGCUAUUCGCCCGCUAGGCAACGGUCACCUCUUUAUAUGGGAGGAUGGCAGGCCCCUUACCAGGACAGCCUUUGUGACACGCCUCAGGAGGGGCCUCCAGUCAGCGGGAUUUGAUAUGAGUCGAUACUCGGGUCAUAGUCUCCGUAUCGGGGCGGCUACCUCGGCAGCAGCAGCAGGGGUUCCUGACCACCUCAUAAAAAUCCUAGGGAGGUGGCAAUCAGAGGCGUACCACCUGUACGUGCGUACCCCUAGAGAUUCCCUUCUUGGGGUAGCUCGGCUGAUCGGGAACACCGUCAGAUAG